GGGGCGGGGGUCACGUGAGCGGUCCGCCGGGUUCGGCCGCGGCUGCUUCUCCAGCAAUUUUGCAAAAGUUGGCGCCCGCGUGGCCCGCCUUGCAGGACGCGGGGCUGCCAUGGCAGCGGUGGGGAAGGCGGUGUCGCCCCCUUUCCUGCCCCCGGGGCUUGCCGGCGAAAGCAGCGCGAAUAGGGCCAGUUUCCUGGGGCCUCGAAUACCCCCCCAGGUGGAAGCCAUGGCGAAGGGCCUCCAAGAGCUAGAAAAGGAGGUCUUCCGGAAGCUCCUGAAAGCCACCGUCGGCGCACUGGAAGGAAAGGAGUGUCAAGCGUCAGUAAAGACGGUCGCCGAAAGCGCCAAUCUGUCAGAUGAACGGCUUGCAGUCCUCGUAUCUGGCAUGUACACCCUGCUCCGCGAAGCUUUGAGGCUUCCUGCGUCUUCUCUCAAACAAGAAGUGUUUAAAGAAGAUUUGAAAUUGCUCAGGAUACCGGAGGAGUUCAUUGCUGAUUUUGCAACAGUGGUCUUUGGGAGCAGGCGCCCCCUCCUUGAAACUGCACUUCAGAAACAGGGGAACAGGCUUCCAAGAAUUGAAGACUUCAAGUGGAGGGUUGACGUUGCCAUUUCAACCAGCUCCCUGGCCCGUGCUUUGCAGCCAUCCAUUUUAAUGCAGCUGAAGCUCUCGGAUGGAUCUGCUCAUCGUUUUGAAGUCCCAGUUGCAAAAUUCCAAGAAUUAAGAUACAACAUCGCUCUCAUCUUAAAAGAGAUGAAUGACAUAGAGAAAAGAAGCAUUCUGAAGAUACAGGACUGAACAUUUUUUUAAAAACUAUCAGGUUUUCAACACAGGAAGAAUUACACUCAGAUGUGCAGAAAACACAAGGACACCUUUUUGUGAUUACAUGUGUUGUUAUACAACCUUACAGAAGCUGGUUGUACCUUUUUUUAAUUUUAUUUUCUGGGUCAAAAACUGUUUGUUAGAAUGUUUUUGCGUGAUUUUUUUUUGAACUCUGAAUUCUGCCUAUAAAUGUUAAUAGCAGAAUUCCUAUUGACUUAACCCCCUUUUGUAUGAUUCAUCCAAACAUUUUAAAAAUAACUACCCUAAUGGACACAGAGCCUUUUCAAAUGAACUAUGAUUCAUCUUCCUGGUUUAUUUCAGACAGUCUGAUCUGCUUUCUAUCGGUAUGCACCAAAGGGGCUUCAGCUUUUUUGGAGGAUUAAAAGUCUCAAGUUAAAAAUCA